CUAGUAAAAUAAGCAAUGUUCUUCAAAUGGCAUUAACACUGCAAGAAUCAUCAACUUUGAAUAAAACACCUCAAAAAAAUACAGGUUCAGACGAGCCGGAUGACAUGAGUGAUAAAGGCAGUGGUGUUAAAUCAUUAGGUGUAAGUAUAUGA